CAUUACAGAAAUCACAGUGUUAAAAAUAACAUGAAAAAUAUGCAUUCUAAUGCAUUUUAAUCCAUCCAUUUUAUUUUCUAGCGCAAUGCCAGCUGUCCUUCCCAUGUUUUCUGUGUCAGACACCAAAACUUGAUUAUUAUUGGGGUCGUCCCGCCAAUAAUCAAAUAGUCAGCUAGAUAAUUGUGCAGAGACAGCCCUUUUGAUGAAAAAGGAAAAGAAAGAAAGAUACGGAGUACGGCGCAAAACCAUGCAGCACCAGAAGUUGCAUUAAUGAAGAAGUGUUUUUGUUAAAAAGACACAAGAAGAAUACCCUUGCGCCUAGCCCAAGAGGAAACAUGAAUUUAAAUGACUUGGUGGCGUUUCCCUUCAGUAAAUCCAAAUCGUUACAAUUCAGCUCAAGGAACCCACAAGGCCUGCAGACGGAUACAGCGGCUCUCGCCCAGCAGGGCAAUGCAAUGGAAGAAAUGCUGCAAAAGCUGAAAGAGAGCAUGAAAAAAGAGAAAGGAGAGAGGGGGCAUUCAGGAAUUUUUCAGUGGAAGUCGGGACAACGUGGAUCAGUAAACAGCAGUUCUCCAAUUGCUAACACCAAGAAAACACAAAAGCAGCUGUCAGCAGGCAAGGUGAAGAUUCGAGUGCUGAAGGAUGAACCUUUAACAGUUCCACCUCAUCUACCUUUGUGUGAAACCUGCUGUUGUCCUCAGCCAACAAGACAAAACGAGAUAAGGGGACCGACGUUUGGACAGGAUGACACCACAGGUGAUGGACAGAUGUUUGUUGGAGGUUAUGGAGAAGAGAAAAGGGUGGAAAUGACUAAGAAAGAACCCAAAAAGAAUGUGAAAACUGCUUUUCAGAAUUCUCUUCUUGGCGGACAGUAUGAUGAGGAGGAGUCCGCGAGAUCUUUUCAGGAAGCUCUCAAGCAGUGGAGAAAAGAGAGAUGUAUCAGUGCUGGAGAACAAGUCACUACGUGGACACAAACAGUAUCAAUGCCUGGUGUAGCAGUUCAGGCUGACAUUCGUCCGGAAAGAAGCCAUGAAGGACAAGAGGAAAGGUGGGGAAAUGGCAAGGUACCCAUCAAGGUGGAGUUCCCUGAAAGCAGACUCACCUACAUGGACAGGUUGCUUCUCAGGAAGCACCGCAGAACCCCAGUUGAGGCUAGUCAUCCAUUAUUGGUCUCCUAUACAGCUUUUAAAUCUAUGAAUGAUGCAAGCAUUGAAGAGGAACAGGCAAGCAGCCUAACAGCUCAAGAUGAAGAUUUCCGACGCUAUUUUGCAUCAUUGUUUGCCGUCCCUAUGAGCGGUAGCGGGAAUGAGCCUCCUAAUGCUACACAAGAUGUGCUGGAAGAUGUGAGUUUUGGGGUCCUCGACGUACACAUCCCGUCUGUCAAGCCAGCUUCCAACAAAGAAAGAGAAUUGGCUCCCCAAACACUGUUAACCGACACCGAGUGCACAGGAGCACAACUAUCAAGGCAAUCUACGACACCAGUUCGACCCAGAGUACCCCAAGAAAUUCAUCCCUUAAAGCCUGGAACUGCAGCAGAAGGACACUCAAUUAAAAUGUUGUCCGUGAAGAGUAAGCCAUCAUACUCCACUGCGGAGAGUGCAAACACUUCAACUUCAUCCUCAAAGCCACAGAUGUCCACUUCCUCUCCCACAAUCCACAAAUCAAAACACCAGUGUGGUUCCCCACACUCUCCAUUAUUUCCACAUCAUCAAACUGAGAUCCCAAACACCUCCCCAACUUCUCUUUCGUCUUCUCCUGAUCUUUCUCCUCUAAUCCCACAUGAGCAUAAUUCUCCCUUUCCGCCAUUCUUCUCUUUAAAUUCUACCUUUGCUGUCUUACCAUCAAGUUCAGCUUUACUGCCCGAUGCCUGCCAAUCGAACCCAUUACAAAAAGGCUCAAUAUCACCUGUCCUUCCACAGAAGUCACAAUCAUCCCAGUUACUCCUUGAACCAAUCUCAUCACUGACACGUUCCCAAUCACCAACAAGCAAUCUAGAAACCCCAAACCAAUCCCACCAGCAGUCUCUCCUUUUACUCCGGUCUGCUUUAUCACCUACAUCUUCCAGCACAACUCCACCUCCAGGAUCCUUGAAACCACUGUUGUCCAGCACACCUGUAGAUAGUCACUUCCCUGUGAAUAAACAUGAUCCUUUGGAGGCUGGAAAUAUGGAGGAGGAAGACAUUUCAACAGAUAGUGAAUGUGACAUGUCCAGUGACAGCCUGGAUUAGCCUGAACAUGAUGAUGAUGAUAAAGAUGGAUAAUUAACAACUGGGAGAGAAGAAUGGAAUUCGAGUCCUGAAAUGGAUUGUGUUCAACCUUAGAGAUUCCAUCCAGUCUAACAACAGACUUGAGGGUUUACCAUAAGAAAUUUUGUUAGUUUGAGAGGACAUCUUUCCAAGGCAACCUAAAGUAGACUUUAUUAUUGUAGCUGACCUGAUUAGUUGCUUAACAACAUUAUUACUUGGAUUAUUCAUCAAAAGCUCAGAGAUACCCAAGGCAGAGGUGGUAAAGUUGCAAGUGCAGUAAAGGAAAAUAACAAAGUACGUAAAGUGCUGUAAUUUAUCCCUAAUGACCGAUAAUGCUGCCAUCAUAUGCUUCAUUAAAACGGGAACAAAAAUUAUGGUUGUGUGGAUAGCAUGUAUGUCACAUCCAUCCAUCCAUCCAUCCAUCCAUUUUCUGCUUAUCCUCGUUAGGGUCGUGGGGACAUGCUGGAGCCUAUCCCAGCUGACUUCAGGUGAGAGGCGGGUACACCCUGAACUGGUCGCCAGUCAUUCCCAGGGCAGUUUGUAUGGCAUUCAGUUUUUUUUUACAUCAUAGGUCCGCAUUGAUAGAUGCACAGCUAUUUAUUCAACAUAAGUACAAAACUACGGAACUAAAUAAAGCACUAUAUGACUUUCAUAACCGGACUAUUGUGCAGAAUUAUAAUUAUUGGUUACUUUGUGCUUUGUGCAUGUGUUUAUGCGAUGCUAUAUUUUACAGCAGUAGUUUUUGAUUAAUUAUAGUGUCCUCAUUAUAGUGUAACAUUCUGCUUAAUUAUCUUGAAAACAGACUUGUAUACAUUUUCAGUGCAAUGUUUAUUGUGGGAUAUAAUGAAGACCCCUUGAUACCAUUCGUACAGCCGUUCUGUAACUGGGGACUGCUUGUCUCCCCCUACUGUUUGAACCUUGAGAUUUAUAUUUAAUACAGAGUACAAAACAGACCUAUCAGUGUUUGCAUUUCGAAAUAUGGUCUGAUAAAUAAAUUGGGAGGAAAGACCCGACUGCUCACGGCCGAUGUGCUACACCAGUUGUUUUUCAAGCAUGGACACCUGAGGUACCGGAGAGGAUUUUUUGAGUUUUAAUUUUAUUGAUGAAAAUACACGAGAAAGUUACAGGAAAUAGGAGGGCAAUCGGAAUGAACAGCAAAAUACAGAAGUAUGAGCUACGGUAGUCUGAAUAGUGAUGUCGCAUACAUGUGACGUAUGUCGUGUUUUGCUGUACGAGACUUUACUAAAGGUAAAGGUACUCACAGAUGUAUGCAAAAGUUCUUCUUGUCAUCCAAAAAUUAUUUCAGAAACGCGUCAGUGAAGAGGCUCACGUCACCCACCUCUCCUGGAUCCAACAUCCACCCACACGCUCACAGCAAGUUCUCCACAAACUGCCAUAGCCAAAAGUCUUGUCCUCUUCUCAAUCUCCUACCUGGAAUCACUUGGUUAAGAAAAUGUUGACUCCCGUUGCACAAAAUCCUUGAAAUUGCCACAAACACACCAAGGAGAGAACACGCAUCGCAGUCACAUUUACAAGUAGCAAAAAAAUUUUAACAAAAAAUCCAAAUUUGGCAUCAUACCCUGCAGUGUGAACAUAGCCUGGAUAAAUGAUGUAGGCAAAAGUUCCUCUUGUAUGAAAAUGAUUUUAAAAAAGUGUCCCACCACUCCUGCCUCCGACAUCCAUCCACGCGCUCCUUGGAACAGACGUCGUGGCAAGUUCCUCACAAACUGCCAUAGCCCAAAAUCUUCCCCGCUUUCUUCUUGAUCUCCAAUGUGGAAUCAUUUGGUUAAGAAAAUGUUGACUUCCUUUGCACAAAAUCCUUAAAAUUGCCACAAACGCGCCAAGGGGACCACAAAUUGAGUCAAUGUUUACUUGCGUGAACACACGGCAAUGCGUGUGAUGUCAUUAUUUUGCGCAUGCGCUUCACUAGCCGGAUGCUUUGCAUUCACAUUGACAAGUCCCAUUUUUUUUUGGUAAUGUGAACGACCACAUAAAGGAUGGCAUUUUAACAACAAAUCUGAAUUGGGCAUCAUACCCUGCAGUGUGAACGCACCGUUAUA